GUAAGCAUGGAAGCCGAGGACACACCAUACAUGCGCGCAGCCAUCUACGAUCCUGAUUUUUGCGUAUUUUUCACUCUAAUUAAAUUGGAAGUCUCAUCAGCUUCCAUGAGCUUUAUGCUUUCCAAGCCCAUUUAGCUAGCCAGUGCAGAACAGCACACAGAUUACCCCCCUGUUCAUUUCUCUUAAGCCAAUCUCACUCUCUAAUCUCACUCUCUCUUUCGUAUCCGAGUAAAGCAGUGAAUUCGUUCACAUCCAUUGAAUAUAUAAAUCAGUCUUGUUAAGGAAUUGGGUAGUACUGGAAAUUAAUGAAAGCUGAAGAUAGAGCAAUGGAAGCAGCUGAGGAGUAUUUGGAUCUCACUGACAUCCUGUUUUCCUGGUCUUCCGAUGACAUCUGCAAUGAAGAUCUAUACGCUAACCGGUUGCAAAAGAUUCCUGAAUCAUUUCAAACGGUGGAUGAUUACUUUAGUUCAUAUAUCUAUCCUUUACUGGAAGAUACAAGAGCUGAACUGUAUUCUGCUAUGGAGCAUAUAUCUGAAUUGCCUUUUGCAGAAGUUAUGUUUACCGAUAACUCCAAGCAAUGUGGAGAAUUACAGUAUGCUGUGAAGGCCAAUUACUGGGAGAACAUAUUUGGCGAUCAUCAAAAGGGGCCUUACAGAGUGCUGCCUGGAGAUAUUUUUAUUGUUACAAAUGAUAAUCUAGAAACAAUUUUUGACCUACAAGUGGUGGGAAGGUCAUUGACUCUUGCAACUGUCACCAGACUUGUGGAGAACACUUACGAAGAUGACAGUAUAUCUACUUCAUUUGAAGUCAAAGCAUCAAAAAAAUUUGAAGUGGAAAAUAAGAUGAAGAAGUUUUCUAUGAUUUUCUUGAUGAAUAUAACAACUAACAAGAGAAUAUGGAAGGCAUUAAAGAAGCAUAAAAAUCUGCAGAUUGUCAAGGAAGUUCUGCAAUUUGAUUCUGUGGUUGAGAAAGACUGUGAUCUCUGUCGUAAAUGGAAUAAUGAAUCCUGGGCUGAUAAAUUUAAUACAACUUUGUCCUCUAUGCUUAAUGAAUCCCAAGCUAAGGCAGUUUUGGCUUCUCUUAGGAAGUUGCAAUGCAACCACAAAUCAUCUGUGGAACUCAUCUGGGGACCUCCAGCUACGGGGAAAACUAAAGCCGCUAGCAUGUUGCUCUUUACGCUUUUAAGAGUGAACUGCAGGACCCUUGCUUGUGCACCAACAAAUGUUGCGGUUACUGGACUGGCCUCUCGUGUGCUAAAACUGGUAAAAGAACAUUAUAAAAUGGACUCUGGAAAGGAUGCCUCAUUUUGCUCAUUAGGAGAUAUUGUUGUAUUUGGGAGUAAGGAACGUAUGCAAGUUGAUUCAGACAGUGAAGAGAUCUAUUUGGACAACCGCACCAAAAGUCUGAUAGAAUGCCUUGGACCACAGACAGGUUGGAAUCAUUGUUUCACUUCCAUGAUAGCUUUACUUGAAGAUGGUGCUUCGCACUACCAAACUUUCAUAGAAGAUAAAAAAUGCUGCAUUGUGGAUGAACAUGACAAGAUGAAUACAUCAUUUCUUGCCUUUGCUAGGGAGCAAUUCAAUUCCAUUGCACCAAGACUUAGAAAAUGCAUCAUCGCUUUCUAUACUCAUAUGCCCAGAAGUUUCAUUUUGGAGCACAACUACCAAUCAUUAGUUUCUCUGGUGGACUUGAUUGAUUCAAUGGAACCUUUAUUUUCUUGGGGCAAUGUGGUUUCUGAAAAAGAAUUGGAGAAGUUGUUUUCCCAUGAAGUAGUUCUUGAGGAUUCUUUUGUGCGUCCGGAGGAAAUGUCAUCCCUGCUCUAUGUCAGAAGAGAAUUUCUUCGCCUUCUUAAACAUCUCCACCAGUCUCUUCAUGAUCUUGACCUUCCUCAGAACAGAGAGUCAAUAAUGAAAUUCUGUUUUGAAAGGGCUUCCCUAAUUUUUUGCACUGCUUCUAGUUCAGAUAUGUUGUGCAAGGUUGGGAUGGAACCGCUGAAUUUGUUGGUUAUAGAUGAGGCUACACAGUUGAAAGAGUGUGAAUCAUUGAUUCCCCUACAACUACCUGACAUAAGGAAUGCUAUUCUCAUUGGUGAUGAUUGUCAAUUACCAGCAAUAGUUCACAGCAAGGCUGCUGAUAUGGCUGGCUUUGGAAGAAGUUUAUUUGGAAGGCUGAGUUCAUUGGGACAUUCAAAACUCCUUCUCAAUACACAAUACAGAAUGCAUCCAUUAAUAAGCUCCUUUCCAAAUUCAAAAUUUUAUCUUGGCCAGUUACUUGAUGCACCUAACGUUAAAAGAAAAUGUUAUGCAAAAUGCUUUCUUCCUGGACCAAUGUUUGGACACUAUUCUUUCAUAAAUAUUUUAAAUGGGCAAGAGGAAGAGGAUCAGCAUGGCUACAAAAAUACGGUUGAGUUAGCUGUUGUGAUGACAAUAUUGCAGAAACUGUAUAGAGCAUGGAAAGUAUCAAGGCAUGAGCUCAGCAUUGGUGUGGUAUCUCUUCACACUGCUCAAGUUGUGGCAAUUAAAGAGAAACUUGGCUCCAAGUAUGAGAACAAUGGUAGCUUUACAGUGAAGGUCAAAUCAAUUGAUGAUUUCCACAUUGGAGAAGAGGACAUAAUAAUAGUGUCAACUGUAAGAGCUAAUAAUAAGAAAAAGGCUAGUUUCAUCUCCAGUCCUGUGAAAAUCAACUUUGCUUUGACGAGGGCUCGGCAUUGUCUUUGGAUUUUAGGAAGUGAAGAUACCCUAGCAAGUAGUCAACCUAUCUGGGACGAAUUAAUUUGUGACACAAAGAGUCGUCAAUGUUUUUUUAAUGCCGAUGAAGAUCAUGAUUUGGAAAAAGCUAUAAUAAGUGUUAAGAACGAACUUGAUGAACUCAAUGAUUUGCUCAAUAAGGAUAGCAUUCUGUUCAGAAAUGCAAGAUGGAAGGUUCUUUUCAGUGAUAAAUUCAAGAAAUCUUUGGAUAAACUAAAGACAAGUGAGACAAAAAAGAUGGUAAUUAACUUAUUACUGCGUCUUUCUAAUGGCUGGCGGCCAAAGAGGAAUUUAGGUGUUCAUGAAAGCUCUAAAAAUAUGCUGAAAAAAUUGAAGGUUAAAGGUCUCUACAUUGUUUUCUCUAUUGAUUUGGAGGAAUCAAUGUACACCCAAAUAUUGAAAGUUUGGGAUAUAUUGCCUUUGGAGGAAAUCCACGAGUUAGCUGAACGUCUUGACAAAAUAUUUGGAAUGUAUACUGAUGAUUAUCUUUGUCGUUGCAAGACACCAUGUCUUGAAGGGAAGUUGGAAGUUCCAAUGUGUUGGAGGACCAAUCCUUACAUUGUUAAGUAUAAGAAUCCUUACGAACAAACACAUGUUGAGGACUCAAAAGUGAGGGAGAGUUGUCUGUUGAUGAAAUUUUACUCGCUGUCAUCUGGUGUGGUCAGCCACUUGCUUUCUGACCACCAUGGCAAUGAGUUGGACCUUCCAUUUGAAUUGACGAACCAAGAAAUGGAAAUCAUCCAUUUCAGUCAAAGCUCCUUCAUACUUGGAAGGUCAGGCUCUGGAAAAACAACUGUUUUGACAAUGAAGCUACUUCAAAAAGAGCAACUCCACCAUAUUGCCAGGGAAGGAUUUGAUAAAGUUGAUAGCAUUUCUUCCAUGGAUGCUACCAAGAGAACCGAGGAUUCCAGUUAUGUUGAAGAUGAUAAAGGAGCGAUCUUGCGCCAGAUGUUUGUUACAGUUAGCCCAAAAUUGUGUUAUGCUGUCAAACAUAAUUUGUCUCGUUUGAAAAGCUUUUGUUGCGGGGGUGAUUUUUCUUCAAGUACGUCGAUGGACUUGCAUGGUAUUGAUGAUAUGGAAGAAUUCAUCAGUAUUCCAGAUUCUUUUACUGAUAUCUCAUCCAAUUCAUACCCUCUUGUAAUAACAUUUAAAAAGUUCUUAAUGAUGCUUGAUGGAACAGUUGGUAACUCAUAUUUUGAGAGAUUUGCUGAAGCAAGAAACCAUUUUCGUGGUAAAACUGGAAGUUCAAGAUCAGUUGCAUUACAAAAUUUUAUCAGAACAAAGGAGGUGAAUUAUGAAAGAUUUAGUUCGUCUUACUGGCCUCAUUUUAAUACCCAGCUCACCAAGACACUUGACUCAUCCAGAGUUUUCACUGAAAUAAUUUCUCAUAUAAAAGGUGGCAUGCAAGUCGGGAUGGCCUAUGAUGGUAGACUCUGUCUAGAGGAUUAUGUUUCACUAUCUCAGAAGAGGGUUUCCACAUUAAGCAGAGAGAAAAGAGAGAUGGUUUGUGAUAUUUUUCUAGAAUAUGAAAAGAGAAAAAUUAGGAACGGUGAAUUUGACUUGGCUGAUAUCGUAAAUGAUCUUCAUCGUCGACUAAUGGAUAAGGGAUAUGAGGGUGAUGAAAUGGACUUUGUGUAUGUUGAUGAGGUGCAGGACCUCACCAUAAGACAAAUUGCUCUUUUCAAAUAUAUCUGCAGAAAUGUUGAUGAGGGCUUUGUGUUUUCAGGUGACACAGCACAAACCAUUGCAAAGGGGAUAGACUUCAGAUUUGAAGAUAUACGCCAUCUGUUCUUCAAGGAGUUUGUAUCAAGAUUCAGAAGUGAGAAAACCAAUGAGAGGUCAAAGAAGGGACAACUCUCUGAUAUUUUUUGUUUGAGCCAGAAUUUCCGCACCCAUGCUGGAGUGCUCAAGUUAGCACAAAGCAUAAUUGACCUUCUUUACUAUUUUUUCCCUUUAUCAAUUGAUGUUUUGAACCCUGAGACAAGUCGUGUAGAUGGGGAACCUCCAGUGCUGGUUGAGGCAAAUGAAGAUGCAAUCAUAAAAAUUUUUGGAAGCAAUGGUUCUAGUGGGAAUAUUGUGUGUUUUGGAGCAGAGCAGGUCAUAUUAGUACGGGAUGAUCGUGCUAAGGAUGAUAUUUUGAAGUGUGUUGGAAGCCAAGCUCUUGUUCUAACAAUAAUGGAGUGCAAGGGCCUGGAGUUUCAGGAUGUACUGUUGUACAACUUUUUUAGCUCAUCACCUGCUGAAAAACAAUGGAGAUCAAUCCAUCAGUUCAUGAAGGUUCAUAAGAUGCUUGACUCCAUUUCUGUUGGGCCCUCUCCAAAUUCUGAUGUAGACAAUGUUUUGUGCUCUGAACUAAAGCAGUUAUAUGUGGCCAUGACUCGAACAAGGCAAAGGUUGUGGAUCUGUGAGAAUAGAGAGGGGCUAACCAACCCUGUGUUUGACUAUUGGAAAAUAUUAUCUCUUGUUAAAGUCAGUCAAUUAGAUGAUUCACUUGUGCUCGGAAUGCAAGGUGCUAGCAGCCCAUAUGAGUGGAGAUCUCGGGGUAUAAAGCUAUUCUAUGAAAAUAACUAUGAGAUGGCAAUCAUGUGCUUCGAAAGAGCUGGGGAUGUGUACAUGGAAAAAUGGGCUAAGGCUAAAUUUCAUCAAACAACUGCUGAGUGCAUGUGGCAUUCAAAUCCAGAAAAUGCAAGCAAAAUCCUUAGGCAGGCUGCUGAGUUAUUUGAUGCCAUUGGCAAAGGAGGGAUAGCAGCAGAGUGUUUCUAUAAGUUGAAGGAGUACGACAAAGCGGGUAGAAUAUAUAUGGAAAAAUGUGGUGAAUCUAUGCUUGACAGAGCUGCAGAAUGUUUUUGCAAGGCUGGACAUCAUAUGCUUGCCGCUGAACUUUACGCAAGAGGCAACUUCUUCUCUGAAUGCUUAGCUGUGUGCACCAAUGCAGGACUCUUUAACAUGGGUUUGCAGUUCAUCCAUACUUGGAGACAAAAGGCAGCUACCGGUGCUGGUUUGUUAAAAAAAAUUGAAAAAAAUAUCCAAAUUGAACAAGAUUUUCUGGAGAGAGGUGCAUUUCAUUAUCAUGAGAUUGGAAAUAAUGAUGCAAUGAUGAAAUUUGUUAAAGAUUUUCAUUCUAUGGGCUUGAUCCGUCGAUUCUUGAAGAAUUUAAAAUAUCUUGAUGAGCUUUUGUUGCUUGAAGAAAAGUUCGGUAACUUUCUUGAGGCUGCCAACAUUGCUAAGAUUAAAGGAGAUGAUAUGCUUCAGGCUAAUCUGCUAGAAAAGGCUGGAAGUUUUAAAGAAGCAUCUCUGGUCAUUCUUUGGCACGUGUUCUCCAACUCUCCUUGCAUGCCCAAAAGGAAUUCUUUGCCUCUGCAGCCGUCUAAGAAACACAAACUUUUGGAAAAGGCAAAGACAAUUGCUAAGAUGCACUGUACUCAAUUAUACGAGUUUGUUUGUAAGGAAGCGAAAAUUUUAUCAUAUCCAGAGACCAACGAAGAGACCCUUUUGCAAUUCAUUGAAUAUUGGGAAAAAAAUGAACUUACAAGAGAUUGCAUGGUCAAAAAAAUAUAUGAAAUAUAUGAUAUUGAAGAAGAUUUGUUGGAAGGAUGUGCACUACAUUAUCAUAAGCUCAAGGAUAAAGAGGCAAUGAUGAAAUAUGUUAAAUUAUUUCACUCCUCAAAUGCGAAACGGACCUUCUUGAUGAAUUUAAAAUACCUUGAUGAGCUUUUGUUGCUUGAAGAAGAGUUGGGUAACUUUCUUGAGGCUGCCAACAUUGCCAAGAUUAAAGGAGAUGAUAUGCUUCAGGCUAAUCUGCUAGAAAAGGCUGGAAGUUUUAAAGAAGCAUCUCUGGUCAUUCUUUGGCAUGUGUUCUCCAACUCUCCUUGCAUGCCCAAAAGGAAUUCUUUGCCUUUGCAGCCAUCUAAGAAACACCAACUUUUGAAAAAGGCAAAGACAAUUGCUAAGAUGCACUCUACUCAAUUAUACGAGUUUGUUUGUAAGGAAGCGAAAAUUUUAUUAUAUCCAGAGACCAACAAAGAAACCCUUUUGCAAUUCAUUGAAUAUUGGGAAAAAAAUGAACUUACAAGACAUUGCAUGGUCAAAAAAAAAAAUGAAAUAUAUGAUAUUGCAGAAGAUUUGUUGGAAGGAUGCGCACUGCAUUAUCAUAAGCUCAAGGAUAAAGAGGCAAUGAUGAAAUAUGUUAAAUUAUUUCACUCCUCAAUUGCAAAACGGACCUUCUUGAUGAAUUUUAAAUACCUUGAUGAGCUUUUGUUGCUUGAAGAAGAAUCAGGGAACUUUGUGGAGGCUGCAAAAAUUGCUAGGUUGAAAGGAGAUCUUGUGCUCGAGGCUAAUUUACUAGGAAAGGCUAAAAAAUUUAAGGAGGCAUCUAUGAUCAUUCUCCUGUAUGUGUUUUCCAAUUCUGAUAUGAAUUCUGGAAGCAGCAGUAGGCCUUUGAAUCACUUUCCACAAAAAGAACUUCUUGCAGAAGCCAAAUCCUUUGCGAAGAAUGUGUCCGAGAGCUUCCAUGAAUUAGUUUGUACAGAGGCUGUCAUUUUGUCAAAUUUACAGGGAUGCUUAAUCGAGGUUAAACAAUAUUUGAGUGAUUCAAGGAUGCAUAAAAGUCUAAGAGGGGAAAUAUUAUUGGCCAGAAAGAUUCUGGACAUUCAUUUUCAUUCAAAUGCCUCAACCUAUUUUUGGGAAGACAAUUUGGCAACUGAUCUAACAGAGCAUUCAGAAGUCUUACAGAAUCAGAUUUCUGUUCAAUCAUUGGUCUACUAUUGGAACAUUUGGAAGGAGAAGGUUUUGAACAUGUUAGAUCACCUUAAGCAACUAGAAACUGAAGAUGGGGAUUUCUGUUUAAAUUUCUUAGGUGCGCGGAGGAAAGUAGAUGAUGAACAUUUCCUUUUACUUUAUUCGGAUGCUCAUUGGGUGACAAAAAUAGAUCAGCGAUUUUCCAAUAGGAAUGGGAAUCUGGUUACUAUUGAUACUCGCAUGUUUGUAUCUGCUGCUGAGAGUUAUUUUUGUUCAGAAAUAAUUUCUGUUGGUAUCAAGGUGUUGGAAAUGCUAAAAACUCUCUAUGAUUUCUCAGUAGCGAGUUCCUUGUCAUUCUUUUGCCAAAGCAUGCCUCUUAUUAACAUCUUUGAGGUUACAAAAUAUCUCAUGGAGUUCAAGUUCAAGGAUCACAGGGAUCAUGAAGCCUUGGAACUGCAGAGUUGGCUAGACCUAUCUAUUGGUCAAUUCUUUACCAUUGUUUUUCCAUUAGAUUGGCGAAAAUCAGUGUUCCAUAAUAUGAUUUGUUUGAGGGAAACAGAGCUUGCAAAGAGUUUACUUCGAGAAUUUAUUUUGAACAACAUCAGCAUGAAGAGAAAGUUGACAAAUGGUGGAAUAGGAAGGGUGGUGACAGCAAUCAUGGGGUCUAAUAAGCUGGUAAAUGAACUAUAUGAGAAAAUUGUGAGAAGUUUACAUGGGAAUCCACCAUGGAAGGCAGUCAUUGAGGAAGUAAAGAGGAAUGCAUAUUCAGUACCUCCUCAGAUCAAUUCUAGUGAAGCUUCAAAUGACAAAUGCCUGCCAUGCAUGCUUUAUGAUGCCUUAUUGGAUAUUUAUAAUGCCAACUGGAGGGAAGAAAGUGAUUAUAUAUCACCUGGUUGUUUCUUGUAUCUUAUUGACCGCCUUCUGAUUUUAGUAUCCUACUCCCAGGGAUACUUUUUCACUACAAAAUCUUCUUUUGUUGAAUGGCUCAUACACCAAGAUUGGAAUGUCAAACAAUGUUCCAGUUUAGUAGUUGAUGUUCCUUCAAAUUUGGAAGAAAUUCUUGAUUUUGUCGCCAACAUGGUUUGGGACCUUCUUCAUAAUGAGUAUGGCACCACUGAAUGGAUUAGAAAAUCCAACAUAUGUUCUGAUUCCUACUAUCCACUGCUGGUACUGAGAUUGAUUGUUAUAGUGUGCUUGCUUUGUUUAAAGUCGGAAAAAUAUUAUGGCCUCCUUCAUGAUUUGUUCAGUUUGCAGAAUAUUAUGUCACAAUUACCCAAAGAAUUUCUCAAUGUCCUCAGACAAGAACAUGAAUCUGCAAAUGUAGAUGUAAAGUUGAUUGCUGAAGCAUUUGAAAAGAUUGGGAAUCCGCUUGUGAUUGUCAAUACAGAAAGAAGUUGCACAGAAUUUGAAUGUCCAGAUGCCAUUUUUGUUGACGCAUCCAAGUGUGUUGUUUCCAAAGGAUACUUCACAAAAUGUUUGAAGCAUUAAAUUCAUCGGAGGUUGGGGUUGGGCAACAUAGUCUUAUUUUUUAUGAAUGGACCCGAUACAUUCCAAAGAAUCUCAGCGAGGGUGAGGACAGUGCGCUUCAACGAAUUUAUUAAUCUUUUUUCUACUCAUGAUGUGAGGUUAGUCUUGAACAACGCAGAGCUUGCAUUAAUGCCAUGCAGUGUUUCCACUCUGAUUCUCUGGUGUGUUCUAUAAUCUGUCAGAUUCAUAGCUUGUAAUUUAUCCUCCCUUAUUUCAGUGGCUGUAGAUGGAUUUCUUUCCAUAACCAUUGUCCUAACUUGCAUAGCUUGAGAGCAAGAACAUGUUUGGCCCAUUUGGAAUGGCAAAACUUGACCUAAAAACUGUGAUCUCCAAAAAUAAAUAAAAAAAUAAAGUGUACAUCCUCCCACCCCUUUCCCGAAC